CAGCCAUGGCCAAGUCCAAGAACCAAACCACACACAACCAGUCCCGGAAAUGGCACAGAAAUGGCAUCAAGAAACCCUGGUCACAAAGAUACCAAUCUCUCAAGGGGGUCGACCCCAAGUUCCUGAGGAACAUGCACUUUGUCAAGAAGCACAACAAGAAAGGCCUGAAGAAGAUGCAGGCAAAUAACGCAAAGGCCAUGAGGCCUCUGGUGAAGUCCCAGGAGGUAAAGCCCCAGGUGCCAAAGGGCCCCAGCCGCAAACUCACCUGGCUCCCGUUCACUGCUCACCCCAGGCUUGGGAAGCGGAUUAGAAGCUACAUGGCCAGGGGUUGUGGGCUCCAAAAAACAAAACCCAAGGUUCAAGCCAAGGCAGAGGCCUCAGCUGCAGCUCAGGCUCCCAAAGGUGCCCAGGCCCCUGUGAAGGCCCCAUAAAAAAGGUCUCAGUCUGCCAAUGUGAAGACAGAUGGACUGGUGUGAAUAUCUAUACAGUAUUUGCAGAUGAUCAGGACCUUAUGCUGUUUUUACACAUAAACUUGAGG